AUGGAGGACGAUCUCGCUUCAGAAGAUGACGUUUUGUUGUGCUCAGAGCAGGAGUUCCACGCUGCUGCCAAAAGGAACGACACAAAGAAGAUGGAGGAGCUCAUGAAGAGGGGCGUGGACCCGAAGGCCAAGAAUAAAGUGGACCGGAAGGCCUUGCACCUCGCAGCAGGAGCAGGGGCUGAGGAGUCCGUGCGGCUCCUCCUUCAACACGACUCAGACGUGGACAAGCAGGACGCUUACGGGAUGAACGCACUGCUCCUCGCCUCUUGGUUUGGACACCUGAAGAUUCUGCAGAUUCUGGUGUCGUGUGGAGCAAAGUUAAACAGCGAAAACAAAGACGGACUGAGCAUGCUCCACUGCGCCGCUCUCAGAGGCCACGUGCACAUCCUGGAGUUCGUUAUGGAGGACCUGGAGGGAAUCCACCUGGACCACACAGACCAGGUGCCCUGUGGUUUCAUCUUCACAUGA